AUGGCAACUAAAGAAGUUUUAACAAAUAUAUAUUCACAAUAUUUAGUACCAUUUGCAAUUAAUGUAAAUGUGACAAUUAAUAGAAAAUAUCCAACUGUUGCACCAUAUUUCGAAGGAGCAUCAGUUAAUAAUGUAUUAGUAAUGAGUGGCUGUUUUAUAUUAAGUACUUUGGCUUUUGCUUAUUUGGUGAAAAAUAUUUUGUAUAUAAAACCACGUAAAAAUGAACCACCAAUAGUACCAUAUUGGAUUCCAUAUAUUGGGUCAACUAUGACAAUGGGAAUAGAUCCAAUUAAAUUUUAUCGAAAAAAUCAAGAAAAGUAUGGAGAUUAUUUCACAUUUAUUUUAUUGGGUAGAAGAAUGGUGACAUGUCUUGGAACAAAUGGUAACAAUUUUUUGUUUAAUGCAAAAGUAGCAGAUGCAUCAGCUGAAGAAGCAUAUAAAGGAUUAACAGUACCAAUAUUUGGUAAAGGUGUGGUUUAUGAUGUACAUAACUCUAUUUUAAUGGAACAAAAAAAAUGGAAUAAAAAAACUGGAAUUGAAGAUAUUCAUAAAGCAACAUCUGAACUAAUCAUUAUGACAGCUUCUAAAUGUUUAUUAGGAGAAGAAGUUCGAUCAAAACUUGAUGAAACAUUUGCACAAAUAUUCCAUGAUCUUGAUGGUGGCUUUAGACCAAUAAAUUUUCUUUUUGAGAAUUUACCAACAAAAGCCAACAAAUUACGUGAUCAAGCACACAUUAAAAUGCGUAGUUUCUUUUUGGAUAUAAUGAAAUCACGUCGUGAAAGAGGUGUCACUGAUGGCACAGACAUUAUGCAAUAUUUGACAAAAGAUUGUGUUUAUAAAGAUGGAAAAAAAUUAUCAGAUGAAGAAGCAGCACAUAUUAUGAUUGCAAUGUUAAUGGCAGGUCAACAUACAAGCUCUACAACAAGUGCAUGGGCUUUUCUUUACCUUGCCCAGAGUCCAGGAUUAUUUGAGAAAUUAAGACAAGAACAAAUCAGAGUGUUGGGAUCACUUAAUGCUCCAUUAACUUUUGAGGCAUUGAAGGAGAUGACACUGCAUGACAAUGUUGAAUCGCCUAGAUCCUGA